UUUGGAAAUCAUUAGCUAUUUCAUUGGGAGAGGAAAAAAAACCUCUGAACAACUUCAAACACCACACCCACUCUUCUAAGUUCUCCUCCCAUGGCGGCGGAGACGGCGGCGGCUCUACCACCACCACCGACGCAACAGAAUCCAUCUCUCCCGACCCGGCUUAACUCUUUUGUCGCCACCACCCGCAUUGGACAGCGAUUCAAACUCGCCGAACGAAACACAACCUUCACAACGGAGCUCCGUGCUGGCACCGCCACUUUCCUCACCAUGGCCUACAUUCUCGCCGUGAACGCCAGCAUCCUAACUGACUCCGGCGGCACAUGCACUGUGUCCGACUGCACACCCCUCUGUUCCGACUCGACCAUCCCACUCGCCACCUGCACCGGUCCGAUUCACCACGUCGUCAAACCGGACAACUCGUGCAAAUUCCGACCUGUGAACCCGGGUUACGCUGCCUGCCUUGAAACCACCCGGAAAGAUCUAAUCAUCGCCACCGUCGCCUCCUCCCUAAUCGGCAGUUUCGUAAUGGGCGUUUUUGCAAAUCUCCCUUUAGCCUUAGCGCCGGGAAUGGGAAUUAACGCUUAUUUCGCUUACGCCGUCGUCGGGUUUCACGGCUCCGGUCAAUUACCAUACAGAAGCGCACUAACCGCCAUUUUCAUGGAGGGAUUAAUCUUCCUUCUGAUCUCCGCCGUCGGAUUACGAGCGAAAAUCGCUAAAUUAAUUCCAAAACCGAUCAGAAUCGCUUCCUCGGCCGGAAUCGGAUUAUUCCUCGCCUUCAUCGGAUUACAGAGCAAUGAAGGAAUUGGGCUCGUCGGAUUCAGCGCCUCGACGCUCGUCACAAUCGGAGCCUGCCCAAAAGAUUCCCGGGCAGCGUUAGCUGCAGUUGUAACUGCCCCAAAUGGAACGGUCAGUCUGGUCCCAAACGGCGCCGUUUCAGAUCAGAUUCUCUGCCUUAACAACCGAAUGGAAAGCCCCACGUUCUGGCUCGGCGCGGUGGGAUUCGUGAUAAUUGCGUAUUGUUUGGUGAAAAACGUGAAAGGCGCGAUGAUUUACGGUGUCGUUUUUGUCACGGCCGUUUCUUGGUUUCGCAAAACGACCGUUACAGUGUUUCCCGACACGGCGGUCGGCGACGCGGCAUUUGGGUAUUUCAAGAAAGUCGUCGACGUACAUUUGAUUAAAACCACCGCCGGAGCUUUGAGUUUUGUGGAUUUAGGAAAACCCCAUUUCUGGGAAGCUCUGUUUACGUUUCUUUACGUCGACAUUCUCGACACUACCGGAACUCUGUAUUCCGUCGCCCGUUUCGCCGGAUUCGUCGACGCAGCCGGGAAUUUCGAGGGGCAAUAUUUCGCUUUCAUGUCGGACGCUUUCGCCAUUGUGGUUGGGUCUCUGCUCGGAACGUCGCCAGUGUCGGCAUAUAUAGAAUCAUCAACGGGAAUCAGGGAGGGGGGAAGAACAGGACUGACAGCAGUGACGGUGGCGGGAUACUUUAUGAUGGCGUUUUGGUUUACGCCGCUUCUAGCGUCGAUCCCGGCGUGGGCCGUGGGGCCGCCGUUGAUUCUGGUGGGAGUUUUGAUGGCGAAAUCGAUGGUGGAGAUUGAAUGGGGAGAUAUGAGAGAAGCAAUUCCGGCAUUUUUGACGAUGAUUUUGAUGCCGUUGACAUAUUCGAUUGCUUAUGGAUUGAUCGGAGGGAUUGGGACGUUCGUGGUGCUGCAUCUUUGGGAUUGGUGUGCCGUCGUUUUGAACAACCUCCGAUCUGCUAAAAGUUCUUCAUCUUCUUCUAACACAAGUAAUGCUCCAAAGCACAACCAAUUCCCCAAUGGUAAUUCCAGUGCUUCAUCUAGUGGACGUCCAAAAAUAGUUGAAGUUUGAUUUUUUUUUCAAGGCUACAGAAUUUUGUGAAUAGUACAUAUGCUAGUUCAUCUAAUAUUUUUUAGUUCAACGAUUGUCGGGUAUGAAUAUUGUUAACCCAGGGUGUUGGAUCCAAGAAGUUGAAGUUGUGAGUACAAUCGUGAACUUCGCCCACUAAUUUGAUAAGAAGAGUUCACCAAUCCCACAACUAAAAUAUCAUCAUUUCUAUAUGCUUCAUUAACACAUUAAGUUGUUGUGAACCCACGAUUUUACAAUGUAACUCUUUUACUUCAAACACCCCUUUAUUAGUCUUUGGGAGUAAUAUUAAAAUAGUUAAAAUUA